AGCUGUCCAUUCUAUACGUAUGUCGAUGCUGUUGAGGCUGCCGACACGAAAAAAAGUAUUCGCCAGCAGAGGUAGGCCAAAACGCCAUCUGCACGCUGUUGCGAUGCGUCGAGGAGAAGCUUUCCGUUUCGGACGAAAUUAGUCGUCGUGGUGUAUUGUAUCGCGCCGUUACUUACAGGAAAAAUCAACUAUGAUGGCAAGCAAGGCUUGGAAGGUGGUCCAGCCGCACGUGCCGAUGAUCAAGUUCCGCGCAGGUGGCAUCGAUCGCGCAGUUACGGGCAUGACGGCCGCGCCAUCUGCGCGAUCAGGGCCGGCGCAGAUGCAGCAGAGCGCGGGCGGCGCAACGGGCCCCCGGGUGAUCGUGCUGCCGACGAUAGAGGACAUCCACUUGCCGCUGCGAUAUCAGAGACGACCGAUAGAUCAGAAGGAAAUGGAGUACAUCAACCGUGGCGGGCCAGAGUGAAAUUGCAGCUCGAGUGCAUUUAGGAAACUCCGUAUUUAAUUCACUUUGUUAUUGACCGACUCGGUCCAAUGUGUUGUUAAAAUAAAUGGGACGUGUGUGAGAUAGAGAGAGAAAGAGAA